GAAAAACGGCAAGCUUAAACAUAAAUGAAAGUGUCCAUAAACAAAUCAAAGUGAAAACCAAAAGAGUAAAUUUGAAAAAAAAAAAAAAUGUUUUCAUAUUGUCGCUUGUGCGCCGAAAAACGCAAUCAAUGCGAAUUAAAAAGGACAAUAUUCGAUCGGAGCAUUAAAGAGAAAUUGAUGGCAUGUUGUAUGUGGAAACCAUCGAAUGAAGAGUAUCAAAUUCCUCAAACUGUUUGCAAUGAUUGUGUUAAUCAAUUGGAAAAUUGUUGGCGAUUUGCCAUGCGAAUUACCGAAUCAGAGCAAAAAUUGCUUCAAAUUGUCCAUUUUUCAUCGAACCAAUUAGAAUUUAAAAUCGAAAACGAAAACGAGCCCGACCAUGAAUUCAUCGAAAUUAAACCAGACAUGGAAGCAGAAGAGGUGGAAGAACCCGACGAAGUAUCGACCAGUGCCAGUGAUACGGAAUCAGAUCAUUCGAGAGAUUCAAGACGUUCGGUACGAAAAGCACCAAAAGUCAAAAAGAAAAAGAAAGUUUCAAAGCAAUGCAACUUUUUGAAAAUUGUGUCGAAAAAUGAAUGCAAUGCAGAUGGCACAAUCACCGACGAAGGACUCACCAAAAUAGAACUAUAUCUGGCUGAAAUCGAAACUAAAACAUGGAACGAUUGCCGAUUCAAAUGUAACGAUUGUGAUUACAGCGCACGGGGAUUUAAUAAAUUUCACACACAUGACCAGACGACACACUCACAAUUUCUGAUGAAAAGAUCGUUUCCAUGCCUCUACUGCAAUCAAGUAUGCAAAAGACUUCAAUCACUGGUGGUGCACAUUAGCUAUCGACAUAUGCCACAUCUUACUUAUUGUUGCACUUUUUGUUCAAAAUAUUUCUGGGACUUGACCCAAUUAAAGUACCAUCGUGAAGAACAUGAACAACAAUCGAAAUCAAGUGCACCGGAGCCGAAAUGUGAAAAGUGCAACAAAAAUUUCCGUAACAUUGGCAGCUUAAGAAAACACAUUCGAACGGUUUGUUCGCCACGAGACAUAACAGAAAUGUACGAAUGUGACAUUUGCAAGCGAAAGUAUCGCUUGAAAGGAGCUCUUAAGGAUCAUAUGAAUAAGCAUUCAAGACAAAACGACUAUGUUUGCGAUAAAUGUGGGAAAAGUUUCUAUAUGAGAUGUAGCUUACGCAAACAUAUGAUUAAACAUGCCGAUGUGCGUCCUUUCCCCUGUAACAUUUGUGGCAAAGGACUACAAACUCUGCCUAGACUAAAGUCGCACAUGAAGCUUCACGAGGAAGAAAAACCGUUUAUUUGUGAUGUUUGUGGUAAACGAUAUCAUGAUCAAAACGCCGUUAAACUGCACAUGGUUGGCCAUCUAGAAGUUUUACCGUUUCCAUGCACAUACUGUGACAAAAGAUUCAGACAUAAAGGUUUACUUAAUGUACAUGUUCGGACACAUACAGGCUACCGACCAUAUCAAUGCGAACACUGCAGUUAUGCUGCCACAAGUUCGGCAAAUUUGAGAAAUCACACCAUGAGAAAACAUGGUAUCGAUAUGAGAGGAAGAGCACGGCAGACAUUCUAAUGAGAUAAAUAAUGAGAGACUGUGUAUACAGGCCAUAUACUGUAUUCGUUGAGUGAUUUUUUUUCCUGACAAAUUUUUGUCGUGUCAGUUAUUUAUAUUUUAGUUUGUUCCUUAAAAAAACAGAUCUGUAUCACCAAAUUUUCCUUAUUUUAAAGAUUGGGAUGAUUUAUAGUAAAUUAUGCUAUUAGUAUUUCUAUAAGAUAAAUUCAAUAAAACCAAUGCAAGUAUUGAAUAAAACCAA